AGAGAAGCAGCACGGUUGUUGCCAUCUUGUUGUUAGCAUUACCCUCUGCACGCUUUAUAGUCUAUAACGGAGAUUAAUAAUCAUAUAUAUCGCGACUGCAGCUCAGAAAGUACCACAGUUAACCCACGGAGGGAAGCAGUUCAUGAACAGCCGAAACAUGCCGAGAAUCUCCUAAAAGCGACGGAGACUGUUCAGAGGGUCCACAUACACACACACACAGGCCGAAAUAAGUGUGUGAAAUGAUGUCUUCAACACACACUGCUGUCAAGACUGAGUUUAUAAAAGAGGAGAGGGAAGAAGUGCGGAUUCCUGAGCCGUGUGGAGAUGAAGAGGAAGAAGCCUUAACCCUGAAGAAGGAAGAGCCGGAGGAACACACAGAACAAACCGAAGUGAAGGAGGAAAGACAAGAACAACACGAGCAUGUUCACGACUACGAGCAGCCGCAGUAUCUGAGCUGCUCGCUAAACGGUAAAAGCCUGACGCAAAAAAGAGCCGAGCGAGCAGGAUGCGGCUUUUUCUUCACCUGCCUGGACUGCAAGAGGAGCUUCGAGUCUAAGGAGCACCUGAUGGAGCACUUCAGGAACCACACCGGAGAGAGCUGCACUCAAACACAAGUGUUUAUACCUCAGUGCACCACUGAAAAAGGAGUGUGUCCGUUACCGUUCACCUGCCACCAGUGUCAGAAGAGCUUCACCUGUAAAGAUCAUUUACUGCACCACUACCGCAUACACACGGUGGAGAAACCGUUCCCGUGUGACGAGUGCGGCAAGAGUUUCAUACACAAGCAGAGUCUGAAGAACCAUCAGAAAGUUCACUCGGGAUUGAGGCCGUUUGUGUGCACGCUCUGCGGGAAGAGCUACAUCCAUAAAGACAAUCUCACAGACCACAUGCGGAUCCACACCGGAGAGAAACCGCACGCCUGCAAACUAUGCGGGAAGAGCUUCACACAUAAAGGAAGCCUCCUGCACCACAUGAAGAUCCACACCGGACUCAAACCCUUCACCUGCAGGCAGUGCGGACGCCACUUCACACACAAGGGAAACCUCAAAAUCCACAUCCGCAUUCACUCCGGGGAGCGGCCGUUCGUGUGCUCGCAGUGCGGGAAGAGCUUCAUUUACCACGGGAAUCUGGUGGGCCACUUGAAGAAGCACUCUGGAGAGAAGAAACACCGCUGUGAGGAAUGCGGGAAGAGCUUCGUCGAGGCUCGACACCUGCAGAAACACAUGAAAAUACACGCCACUGUGCGCCCCUUUGUGUGUGCGCACUGUGGGAAGGACUUUUUAUGGCCGCACAACUUCAAGGAGCACAUGAAGGUCCACACCGGAGAGAAGCCGCACGUGUGUUUGGACUGCGGGAAGCCCUUCACCAGGCAGAUCUACCUGAAGCGACACCAGAGGAUCCACUUGGGGCAGAAGCCGCAUAAAUGUGAGCACUGCGGGCUGUGUUUUACCACGAUGGAUUCACUGAGGGUGCACGAGCGAGUGCACACUGGCGAGAAACCUUACAAGUGUCCGUCCUGCCACAAGAGCUUCGGCAGAUUGAGUACGCUGCUGACGCACAAGAAGAAACACUGCCCCAUGCUGAGGAAGUGAACGUCAGUAGAGAAGUGCUUUAUAAGAUCGUGGUUUAGAAGAUGACGUUUACUCACUAUUUUACUCUCAAGUGGAGUCAAAUCUUUGAGUUUCUUCUGUUAAACAAUGAAGAUGAUGUUGUGAAGAGUGUUGAAAACCAUUGACCUCCAUAGUAGGAAAAACAAAUGCUACAGAAGUCAGUCUUGGUUUAGAGAGGGCUGUUUUAAAGUUCUUAAAGGGACAGUUCACCCAGACAGGAAUUUGGUCAUUUACUGUCCCUCAAGUGGUUUCAGACCUUUAUGAGUUUCUUUCUUCUGUUGAAAGCUAGGAAUGACGGAUGCAAAACUGACCUUUCGACACCGUGUCGAGAUCCCAAAGUGCAAGAGAUUCGAAACAUCUAGGUCACGUGACUAAAGCGAUUUGAAACGUAAUAGUCACGUGACUAAAGCGAUUCGAAAGCUCUAGGUCCCGUGACUAAAGCGAUUCAAAACAUUAGUCACGUGACUAAAGCGAUUCGAAACCUCUAGAUCAUGUGACUUAAGGGAUUCAAAACAUCUAGGUCAUGUGACUAAAGCAAUUUGAAACGUAUUAGUCACGUGAUUAAAGCGAUUCGAAACAUAUUAGUCACAUGACUAAAGCUAUUCGAAACGUAUUAGUCACGUGACUAAAGCGAUUCGAAACCUCUAGGUCACGUGACUAAAGCGAUUCGAAUCGUAUUAGUCACGUGACUAAAGCGAUUCGAAACCUCUAGGUCACGUGACUAAAGCGAUUCGAAUCGUAUUAGUCACGUGACUAAAGCAAUUCGAAACCUCUAGGUCACGUGACCAAAGCGAUUCGAAACGUUUAGGUCAUGUUACUAAAGCCAUUUGAAACAUCUAGUUCAUAUGACUAAAGUGAUUCGAAACUACUAGGUCAUGUGACUAAAGCGAUUUGAAACAUCUUGGUCACGUGACUAAAGCGAUUCAAAACAUUAGUCACGUGACUAAAGCGAUUCGAAACCUCUAGAUCAUGUGACUUAAGGGAUUCAAAACAUCUAGGUCAUGUGACUAAAGCGAUUCGAAACAUAUUAGUCACAUGACUAAAGCUAUUCGAAACGUAUUAGUCACGUGACUAAAGCGAUUUGAAACCUCAAGGUCACGUGACUAAAGCGAUUCGAAUCGUAUUAGUCACGUGAAUAAAGCGAUUCGAAACGUUUAGGUCAUGUGACUAAAGCCAUUUGAAACAUCUAGUUCAUGUGACUAAAGUGAUUCGAAACUACUAGGUCAUGUGACUAAAGCGAUUUGAAACAUCUUGGUCACGUGACUAAAGCGAUUCAAAACAUAUUAGUCACGUGACUAAAGCAAUUCGAAACCUCUAGGUCAUGUGACCAAAGCGAUUCGAAACGUCUAGGUCAUGUGACUAAAGUGAUUCGAAACAUAUUAGUCACGUGACUAAAGCGAUUCGAAACCUGGAGGUCAUGUGACUUAUGUGAUUCUAAACAUCUAGGUCAUGUGACUAAAGCGUUUUGAAACAUCUAGGUCAUGUGACUAAAGCGAUUCGUAACAUCUUGCUCGCAUGAAAUGAAGAUGUUUCGAAUACAUGUUCUUGGUCACCCGAGUAACAUCACUAAAGCUAUUGGAAACACCCAGGUCAUGUGACUAAAUCUAUUUGAAAUACCUUAAUGAGGUUUUAUGCAAGCUUCAUUCGCUAACAGCAUUAAUAAUUUAUUAUUUUUUAUUUGACCUCACCUACAUGGCUACAAAUCAAAUUUGUCAUCAAAAUAUCUUAACAUUUAAUUUUAGAGACAAAUUAAGUUUGUUUUACUAAACAAACAUUUAUCAGAAACACAUUCAUCACACAGUUAUAUAUGACAAUCGUGUUUAUGACAGAAUAAAUAAAUGAAACGUGAUGUUUGAUUCAUAUAUUUAAGAAGACAUUUUCUUGAUAAAUGCACUCAUCUGACAUACACUGGCUAGGGGUUAGGGAAUAAGGGAGCGGUUUUGGACACAGCUUUGAUUUCAACACUUUGAUUUCUAUAUUUAUUGUACUGUUAUGGAAGUCAGUGGUUACAGGUUACCAACAUUUUUCAAAAUAUCUUCUUUUGUGUUCAACAGAAGAAAAGAGAAACUCCAGUUUGAGAAUAGUGAAUGGUGAAUAAAUGACUUAAUUUUAUUUUUUUGAUCAACUACCCCCUUAUUUUAUUACAUUUUUUGUUGUUGUAAGGUGAUGCAUGGAAAAAAUGAAGUUGGAUCAGCUUUAAACUAACAAAACACAUGUCAGAAUUACUGCUGUGGAACACACACUCAUGUUUAUUACUGACAGUCCAGCAUCUGUUGUGUUUUAAUGAGAAAUGUGGCUCCAAACUACCAAAAUAAGCACCUUAAAUAAAAUAAUCAACUGCCAUGACGAAUUUGUUUCUGGAGUUCAAAAUAAACCCUUUCAAGCUCCUAUUGGUCCAUGCUGGUGAUGUAUUAUGUGGGUGUGGCUCUGGGGCUCCGCCUUCUUUAACGCUUCAUUUCUGCUGCUCUGUCAAUCAAAUAUCCAGCAUCCUAGAAUAUACACAAUAAAGAGAUGCUUUAUAGCAGAAAGUUGUAGAAAUGUCAUAUGUGCAUUCGGCAGUAUUUGAUAAAUGAAGUGAAGAAACAACAUGAAAGAAGAGCUGUAAUAUUAGUGAUUUCUCUGCUGUCGCUUCUGUAUACUCACUGGCCUGACAUGGCAGUGGUUCUCAAAUCUUUGAUUAUUGACAGCUUUUGUUGGAUGAGGAUCUGUCUGAUGUGCUUAUUUUGGGCAUGCUAGUGUUCAUACUGCAGUAAUGUCUUCAUUUAGUUGCUUCAUAAUCCACACUGAUAGAGUGAGGUGUACAGUGUGUACAUGACAAAAUUAACUAAUCAUUAAAAAGACAAAUCACCAA